GCUUAUCUUUCAAAUAGGUACACUUGGGCUUGAAAAAUUAGGUAUACAUUUCAAUCGAAAGUUACCUACCUAUAAUAAUGAAUUUGAAUGCAGCUAUGAAUUCUUUGACCAAGAAUUAUUUCCUGUUAGCGUUGUUCGUAAUUCACUCAGCUACCUCAGAUAAAUCACAGAUGUUAGAAAGUUUCAAACACAUUUUUAUGCAGACAAAUGUUGAUGAGGAUGAAAAUCAUCGAUACAAAAAUCAGACUUUCUUUCUAAUGAACGAACUUAUGAAACUAGAUGAAGAACACGAAAUAAAAUUACACAAAAUAGAUUUUGUUAAAACGUCUUCGAGACCCCAGAGUACAAAUACAAGAAUUAAGAAAGGAUACAUUGAAACAAAUCUCAAAAAUGAUGUACGAUAUCAAAAACAUGGAAUAUUUGAUGAAGAAGUCAUUGAAAAAGGCCAAGAAACCGGAAACACUGGAAGAUUUAAUAGGCCAUGCUUGGAACGAUAAGCUAUGGAAUGAACAAGUCGAGUCAUUGAAUCAACUGGAAGAGCUGAAAGAUAAAUUAUCCGAAUGGGAGACUGAAAUCGAAUCUCCAAAGCAUCACAACCACGUAUCGAAAGUUUUAAGAAUUAUUUUAGGCUUGGAGGAAAAUUCAACAGAAGUACCAUUGAAAAUGAGCUGGAAUAGUCCAAAUAAUGAAGAACCGUUACUGAAACUUGACAUUGAUUUGGAGUGUGACGAAUUAGAGAAGCUUCAGCGAUUUUCCUUAAUUGUACAAGAUGAACUUGAUGAGAUGCCAAAGCUGAAACACGAGAUUCCAGAAGAUCAUGAAAAAUCGCAAUUCGAAGCUGCUGAUUUACCACUUUGGCUUCUCAAUGAAAAAGACAUCGAAGAAAUUCAAGAAGACUACAUCAAUUGGAUGUCAACAUUUGCGAAUCCCAAAAAAGAAGCGGCGAAACGACUGAAAGAAAACAUUAUCAAAACUGGACAAUCCAUAAAGUAUUUCAGCAAACUGUUUGCAGAGCUUUUCAACCUUAUGGGUAAAUCACUGGAGUGUAAGGCGAAAGAAGACACCGAAUGCGAAGAAAUAAUUAAGGAAAUAAUGAACCGGGAACAUUUUAAAAAAGUCACGAAGCUUUACACUGCUAGCACUAAGAAAGAAGAACUUACAUUGAGCGAUGAUUACAUAAUAUAAUUCUUUGAUAAACGCAAUUGAGGCAUCAACGAUGGAAUUGUUUCAAAAUCCAAAUAAAUCGUAAUUUUUUAGAAUAUGUAAGUUGGCGUUGAAUGCGUUAAAAAGUAGGUACCAACUACCUACUUAUCAUUGGAUAAUACAUACAUCUUUCAAGCCAAAUGAAACAGAAUGACAGAAUGUGUUCUACAAAAACCUGAUACACGAGAUUACACGCCCGAGAACAUUUCAAAUUCGCUCAAACAUUCUUGCUUGAGGCAGGUAAUUACUCAAACAAUCAAAUGUAAUUGAUCGUAGCAGUUGAGAUGAUUUACAACCCAAUAAAAGUUAUGACUAUU